UGGCUGCGCAUGCGCAGUCUUUCCGGGCGGCCCAAGAUGGCGGCGGUGUGCGCCUCGCUUUGGCUAAGGGCGGCGGAGGUUGCCGCCGUUGCUGGGGGAAGCCGGGUGGGCGGUGUGGAGGCUCGCCGGAAGCUGCAGGCGCUGCGCCUGGCCCGGUGGCUGAGCACGGCCCCCGCGGCCCCCCUCAGGUUUCGCCCAGGCCCGGCGCUACGGCUCGGAACCAGUUCCGGAGUUGGACAUCAUCCUCUUGUCUGUGCUGCCUUGUUUCACACCAGCUCCCUCACCUGUGCUAAAGAGGACUAUUACCAGAUUUUGGGAGUGCCUCGAAAUGCCAGCCAGAAGGAUAUCAAGAAGGCAUAUUACCAGCUUGCCAAGAAGUACCACCCUGAUACAAAUAAAGAUGACCCUAAAGCAAAGGAGAAGUUCUCCCAGCUUGCUGAAGCCUACGAGGUCUUAGGCGAUGAAUUGAAGCGGAAACAAUAUGAUGCUUAUGGUACAGCUGGUUUUGACCCAAGCUCAGCAGGAUCCGGGCAACAGUAUUGGCGUGGUGGACCUUCUGUGGAUCCAGAAGAGCUGUUCAGGAAGAUCUUUGGGGAGUUUUCAGGCUCCCAUUUUGGAGACUUUCACACUGUCUUUGACCAGCCCCAGGAGUAUAUAAUGGAACUGACAUUCAAUCAGGCCGCAAAGGGCGUUAACAAGGAGAUUCAGGUGAACAUCAAUGAUACUUGCCAGCGCUGUGACGGCAAAGGGCAUGAACCGGGCACCAAAGUGCAGCACUGUCACUAUUGCAAUGGCACUGGCAUGGAGACAAUCAACACAGGUCCCUUUGUCAUGCGAUCUACAUGUCGGCGCUGUGGUGGACGUGGUUCUGUUAUAACAACCCCCUGUGUGAUAUGUCGCGGCACUGGGCAAACCAAACAGAAGAAGCUGGUGAUGGUCCCAGUUCCAGCAGGUGUGGAGGAUGGACAGACUGUUCGGAUGCCUGUAGGAAAGAGAGAGAUUUUCAUUACCUUCAGGGUUCAGAAGAGCCCUGUGUUCCGGAGAGAUGGUGCAGAUAUCCACUCGGACCUCUACAUCUCAAUAGCACAAGCUGUCCUUGGAGGGACAGCCAGGUCGCCGGGUCUGUAUGAGACAAUCAGUAUUGUGAUACCACCAGGCAUUCAAGCUGACCAGAGGAUUCGGAUGAGUGGGAAAGGCAUUCCCAGGGUUAACAGUUAUGGCUAUGGCGACCACUAUAUUCAUAUAAAGAUGAAAGUUCCCAAGAGGCUGACAGAUCGCCAGCGAGGUUUGAUGCUGAGCUAUGCUGAAGAUGAAACUGAGGUGGAAGGGACUGUGAACGGUGUCACAAACACAGCAACAGGUGGCAGGGAGACGACUAGAACGGGGGCAGGCAAGGAGAGGCCUGAGGCAGGGGACAGCACGGAGGGAUUCCUAGCUAAACUUAAGAAAAUGUUUAGCUCCUGAUUAACCCCAUCCGAGGGAAACGUUCUGCUGGAAACUAGGCUAUGAGUGGCAGCUGUCCAGUGGCUUGAGUGUCCUCCUUGGAGGUGAUAAGAUCGCAGGAGCCCGGCAAGAAUCUUAGACAGACACACCGUGGACUUGCUUGGCGUGGCGGCUGCACAGGAGGAGGGCUUUUCCCUCGAAGUGGGACUUUGGAGGGGCAGGCGCCACAGGAGUCAUGAAGGGCUCUGGGUUCCCUGGACUAGAAGAGGCCCUGGCUCCUCUUGCUCCUUCGGACAGAUGCAAACCACUGAACAGCAAAAAUACGAUGUAUGUCUUGUGUAACUCAAAGUCCUGCUGUCCUGAGUUUUUGGCAAGCUCCUAGAAUCACCAGACUUCUGCUCUGCUCAGCCCAUUCCAAAAAGAGGAGAGGCAGUAGGGAGCGCUCCCUACCUGUUGGAUUGGCAAUAGGCUCUUUUGGCAGCAGCCAGGGUGCUUUGCCUCUGCAGUUGUAUGACACAGCCCUGCCCGAGGGGAGGUGUUUCUCUUGAGCGCAGUUGCCAGUAGGUAACAGCUGUGCAUCCCUCUAUAGCAAGGAUGCAGACUGGGGUAGGCUCUGUUUUGUUUUUAGUUAAAACUCUCAUCUGAACUACUUGCCCUUGUGCUGUAUGGCUGGCUAGUGGGAUGAAGUGUGGGGUGUUAGGGGUAGCUUAGUACAGCUCCCUUGUGCAAAAAUGCUGCUCUUUUGUAGGAAAACCACCUUUGGCUAUAGACAGUCAUGUAUGAUGCAUGUGUCCCUUCCCAGUUUCCUGCAUUAGGAGGGUAGGGCUCAUUGCAAAUUCUGUGUACACAUACAGCCCAAUAGACACAUGCACCUUCAUCAUGCAUGGUUGAUUGUUGACUGUUGGACAGUUGCCAGGGAAGGAAAGCGAGAGCAGAAAUUGACAAGUGGCUGGCCUCUAUGAAAGAACUUGCAGUGAGGCUGAGCACAGCUGAGCCAGUCAGCACCCAGAGCUUGCCAGGGAUUUCAAGGUGGCUGCUGCAUCCAGCCACUCGGACUGCAGCUCUCUCCAGUCACUUGCUAACAUACAGCACAUGCAGCACUCUGAGCCAUGUGGUCUGCAAGGUGAUUCAAUGUAAAUAACAAAUAUGCUCUAUAAAAUAUCUUUAGAAUCUGA